UUACUCACUCAGCCUCUCUCUGCCCUGAGAGCGAUAACGGAGCUGGAGAAUGAGGCGAAGAAGGAAAGAGGAACAUGCCCACAACUUUUACACGGAUUCUGAGGCGCCGAGUCCUAAAAUGCCUCCGCUCCUGAGAUGGUGGACUGCGCUGAUGUUCCUCUCAGGUGUGUCGUGGUGCGAGGCGGUGCAGGUGACGGUGCGGGAUGAGCGCAGGUUCGCCAUGCUUUUCCAGUCUGUGCUUCUGCCCUGCCAGUACUCCAGCGUCUCCACUCAGGCGCCCGUGGUGCAGUGGUGGUACAAGUCCUACUGCCGGGACCGCACCCGAGACGCCAUCAGCUUCCCCGAGAACCUGGGGGUGAGGGGCUCUGAACUGGGUCCCUCCUCCUAUGUGGAUUGCGCUGACAGCAGUCGAACAGUUCGCAUCGUCGCUUCUGGGCAAGGAUCCUCCUUCACCCUUGCCGAGUACUACAAAGGCCGAGACAUCUCUAUCAUCAACAAAGCUGAUUUGCGCAUUGGAGAGCUGCAGUGGGGGGACAGUGGAGUUUACCUGUGCAAGGUGGUGAUUGCAGACGACCUGGAAGGCCAAAACGAAGCUCAAGUGGAGCUCCUGGUUCUGGGUCAGACAAGUAUGGCUGAUGAUCUCCUGCCUGAGUUUGAUUUGGAGAUUAUGCCAGAGUGGGUGUUCGUGGGAGUUGUAGUUCUGGGCAGCAUCCUCUUCAUCCUCCUGGUGGGUGUGUGCUGGUGUCAGUGCUGUCCGCACUCGUGCUGCUGUUACGUCCGCUGCUGCUGCUGCCCAGAUACCUGCUGCUGCCCUCGCCACUUGUAUGAAGCAGGCAAAGGCAUAAAGGUCACACCAUCAACACCAGUAGCCAUAUACCCUCCAUACUACAUGCCAGGGAUGCCCACCAUGGUACCCAUUGCUCCUCCUUCUCUCAUUGACCCCAAGAUAUCUGCUGCGCCGUCCGUCGAGAAUAAUGCUUCUACAGUGCACAGCGGGUUUCGUCUCCAGCCUACGCCAGAUCAGAAUUCGCUGAAGGUGCUGCAGUAUGUGGAAAGAGAGCUGGCGCAUUUCAACCCUUCUAAGACCCUCAGCAGUCAUGACUCUUGUAGUAUGUCAGAGCUCAGCUCCCUACAUGAUGCCGAGACAGACUUCCGCCAGACCUUUCGGCAGGUUCAGAAGAAAGCCCUUCCAGCCAUCCCUGAUUUGGAUGACUCUCCAGACCUCCUGACAAGAGAAAUCUCUCCGGUGCAUGUGCGGAGGUCUACUCGACACCCUCACCGUGGCAACCGGGUGGAGGAAGACCACCCUAGGUGGAACCCUCGUUCAGAGCACCUGCAAAGGAAGGCAUUCCAAAUGGGUGGACGAACAGGCUCCCUGGAUGAGCUUGAGGAAUUUGCCAUGACCUACAUGCAGCGAGGCCGACAUGGGGAUUUUGAUGACAUGGAGGAUGACUACCGCAGACGUGAACGACAGAGGGAGCGCGAUAAAGAGUGGGAACGAGAACGAGAUAGAGAGCGAGAGCGGGAACUCAAACGUGAUCGUUAUCCACAUUAUAACUCAAAACGUUAUUACCAAAAGGACAGCCCAGAAAGACCACCCAAGACAGCCCAGAGGGAGCGGCCUCGGCCUCCUAGCCCUCCUCCUUUACCUGGAAAUGGUAAGAGACGGGGCACGUGGGACAGCGACCGCCCAAUACCGUCUUUCCGGGAUUCCAGUGAGCGGGAGCGCAGUGGGCGGGACUCUGGAGGGAGGGAUGGUGGGCAUGGGCGGGACUAUGACGAUGCUCUUCUUAACAGCCUAUUGGAGCGUAAGGCGAAAAGUGGGAAGAGCACGUCUUCAAAAUGUGGGCGGGCCGAGGAAGACUCUGACACGCCCUCCAAGAGCAGCUCCAGAAAGAGCACCCACAGCCAGUCUCCUAGCAACAGGUCACCUAGUAACCGACCAGCAGAGGAGGACGAUUCCUUGCCUCCGUACACAGAAAAGGAAAUGGAGCGUUUCCGCAGCGCUGAGAUGUCCCAGCGACCUUUCACCUACGCUCGGCCUGCCCAGCCUCCCCAAAAAGAGCAGGAGGACAGAGAGGAGCAGAGCAGGCCCCGCAAAGUGACAUUUUUCGAUGAACAGAAUUCACAGUUUGAUUCGGACCUAGGUUUUUCAGUCACCGUUCGCUUUGUACCUCGCCUCGACAACAGAAAGUAACCUGUACACAGAACACUCUUCUAAGCAGAGAUUCGCUCAUAGUCUGAGGUCUUAAAGGCGAGCACAGUGGCUGCCGAGCAUGCCGUCACCAAGCAGGCGCCAUGCAUUGCUCUUCAGCAAGCAUCUACAGGCCUCUCAUCCCACUCACUGAUCUUCACGCUUUGAUGUGCAAAUCGGUGCGAUGCUCCGAAGACUGAAAAAUGACAAGAAAUUUUAACACCAGCAUCAAAAGUGGUGGAAAUAAGCUGAACCUAAUGUGGCUCAGUUCAAAGAAGCGUUACUAUGGCAUUGUUUACACUCCUCCAAGCACUUAAAUGAAGACCAGUUAUUUACUUGGACUCUAUGAGCGCAACAAGAAACUUUUAAAUGGAAUGUCUGACGAACAAGGGCUAAUGCGUCCAAAAGGUCAACGAUUACCCUGUGGUGUUUUUAACUAAUGGUACCUAAGGGCCUGUUUACGCUUCUCUAACAAGCUCCAAGUUCUUCUAGUUUGUUUUAGCAAAUCACAGAAGGAGAAAAAUGUUUUACUGUUUACUGACCAAGGAACCUUUUGUAAAUAGACAAAGUGAGAGUUAAAGACUUUAAAUGAGCCAGGGGACUAUUUUUGCUUGUUUUGUAUUGAAAAGGAAACAUGCUAAUUAGCAUUAGUUAGCAGCAUUUCAAACCUACACAUCCUUUCACUACAAGUAUGAAUGUUCUGUGUUUGCAAAACGCCUGUUUGUUCAUCUUUGCCUUCCAGAGACCCUCAAGGGUUUGAUGUCAGUAGGGGCAUAAUGGGGCUUAAUUGUGCACCAUGAGAGACUGACAGAGUGGACACUGCAGCAACAAUGAACACGCGCUGUCCGUGACAUCACAUGGGGAUGAUUUCACGAGCUGCUCCUCGGAGUCAAGCCUCAAUCUUUUGGUAAUCCAUUAACGUCGCUGUGUGAGAUCAGACGCUGCUGACACUCAUCCUACUUUUCUAGCGCCGUGAGAUUUGCAUCAUUCUUUGCCACAAGACCUUGCACCUUGAUAGUGUAUGGCAAUGAACAAUGCCUUAUUUUAUGUACUGUAAUGUCUGAAGUGAUGAGUAUUUUUGUGGUUUGUAUGUUGGAGAGCAGAGCACAAACUCACAUGGGGUAAAAUGAAAUAUGGAUAUUUGAUAUAGUUGAAGAAGUUCUAGGAGAGCCCAUUUUUAGACAUGUUCUUACAUUCUAAUGGCAGUUUUAUAGGUGUUUUUUCACAAUAGUCAGAUAUUUCUUGAGAUUGACCCUAAAGAAAGUGCGUUUUAUUUAUCAAAGAAUAUUUAUAUUUAUUUACAUCACAGAAUUCCCACCUUAUAAGUAUUUUAAUCACCCUCUUGGUGGCUAUAAUAUAGCACUAUUUAGAAUAAUGUAAACAACUCAAAAUUGCAACUCAUUUAGUGUAUUUCAAUCUGACUUGAAAAUGUGCCUAUAUAUGUUCUUGAGAGUGUUUACAUGCAGGAUUACUGACAAAUUUUCUGCAGUUAUCAGAUUAAGUUAAGUGAUACUUUUUUAAUCCCACAAACGGGGAAAUUCCACCUCCGCAUUUAACCCAUCUGUGAAGUGAAACACCACAUACACACUAGUGAACACACACACAUACACACUAUAUAGGAUAGGAUAGGUUCAAACUUAAGUAAAAGAAUAUAUAUAUAUAAUUUUUUAAGUCAGUUUCUGGGAAGUUUUGCAUGCACAGUUUCAUCUUUUUUUUUACUUAAGUUUGAACCUUUCCUGGUCCAAACAACACAGAAUUGUAUUGGAUAGAAUAGAAUUCAUUUUGUUUUAUAGUGAUUUACCAGGCUUUUUAGCAGGUGUUACAACUUGCCCCUCUGUCUGUCUCAGGUAACCUCUAUAGGCCACCAGGCACCUGCCACUCCUGCAAAAAAAAAAAAAAAAAAAGUUGCUGAAAAGGACGUUUACAUUUUCAUUUGAGGUAGAAGUGUGUAAACAAAGUAUUAACCCUGCAGAUAUUUUAUCAAGCAACAUCCAAAAUGUGUCAGGUUGCGUCCUGCUCUCUCUUACUACUUAAAAAGAACCGAAUGGCACUGAAAUGCCCAGAAACUUGACAAUGAUUAAUGCAGUGCCCUUUUUGCCUAUGAACUUUUUUCAAAUGUAAACCCACACAUGUAUACUGCUUUCUUUACAUUGAGGAACUGUUGUUGCUGUAGUCAGACUUUUAGACAGAUUUCUAUGCUGUAUCUGUGUGAGCUUGUGCUGAUUUAUCACUAAGUUAAAGUGUAUUUUUUUCUAAUUGUCAUGUUACUGCAGCCUGCGCUAUUCUGUUGUAUGGUUUGUCUGACUGAGAGUUUGAGUUUGUGCUGUAUAAAGAGACUGUGCAUUGUUGAGGAUGACUCAUGCUCUGAGAGUCCUUGUCCAUUGUUGUCACAUAAUAAGUGUCUCUCUGACAGCCGUCUCCAUCCAACAGCGAACAAACCCUUAAGUGCACUUACCUUUCACACUCAAACGUGUAUGCCAGGCACACAGCUUGAAAACUAACAAAUAUGAACAAUGAAAUAUGUUUACUUUAGUAAAUGCAUAGAGCUACUGCUUUCCUAACACUGUAAAUGUGGUACACCAAGGUUGAUUCAUUUGUGUUAAUGUCUAUCCUAGUUUACAGUGUAUACAUGUAUAGUAGAGCAAGUUUACUUUUUUCUAUCAAGAGCAAACACUCUUUUCACAUGUUGUUACAAACUUGCUGUUGUACUAUUUAUUUUGCUGCAGACAUGCCGUCUUACUCCUUCCAGUUGUCAUCUCAGUAUGUACUGCUUAUUCCUGCCCAUUUAAUAAAAAACAAAUUCCAAAUUCAUUGAA